GGCGCGCGCGCGCGCGCGUUAACGGAAUUCGCGAUCAAGCACGCAGCAGGGACCACCGACUAAUGUUUAAAUGGACGCAUCGUCCAUUAUCACCCAAGUGUCGCGGGAUGACGAGUUAGGCGCGUUCAACAGCGAGAAAGCCCAAUUACCUCGAGAAAAUGAAGCAGCCAAUAAUACUACGUCGAGUGGCAAGAAGCCGAGGGGACGUGGGCUCUUGCGCUCACUGCUCUGCUGUUUUGGAAGAGGUCGAGGUGGUAGUUCAAAGAGCUCUAAGGCUAGUUCUUUGCAAGGUGAUGGCCGUGGCUCACCACCACCUGGCACCGGAUCACCGAGGUUUCUUCUACCACCAGUCAGACAUCAAGACAUGCACAAAAAGUGUAUGGUAAUCGACUUGGACGAGACUUUGGUGCAUAGUUCUUUCAAACCGAUCAACAAUGCAGACUUUGUUGUUCCUGUAGAGAUUGAUGGAACGGUACAUCAAGUGUAUGUCUUAAAGAGGCCUUAUGUAGACGAAUUUUUGCAAAGAAUGGGUGAAUUAUAUGAAUGUGUACUAUUCACUGCAAGCUUGGCUAAGUAUGCAGACCCAGUGGCGGAUCUAUUAGAUCGAUGGGGUGUAUUCAGAGCAAGGUUAUUCAGAGAAUCCUGUGUGUUUCAUAGAGGAAACUAUGUUAAGGAUUUGAACAAAUUAGGUCGGGAUUUGCAACAAAUUAUUAUUGUAGAUAAUAGUCCUGCCAGUUACAUUUUCCAUCCAGAUAACGCAGUUCCAGUGGCAUCCUGGUUUGAUGACAUGACGGACUCCGAGCUCCUGGAUCUAAUCCCCUUCUUCGAAAAGCUCAGCAAUGUGGAAAAUAUCUACACGGUACUGUGUAAUAGCAAUCAUCCUUACAAUCAGAUACCUGCGCACGCGGUGCAGAGCAAUCAGAGUCUGCCGACAUCAAUUUCAAUGGCUGCUUCCUAGCCCCACCUGAAUCCUGGCAACUCAGCCAGUCUUGUCGCUCAAUGCACCUUCCGGAGGAUUUUAAGGGGACUACUCCACGUGACCCACUCGCUUUGUGGUGAAGGAUCCCGAAGUGCUCCUCGUUGAUCUUUGGAAAAAUCGCUCCGAUUCAGCGGAGCUAAAUGUCAUAUCUUGAAAGAGCGCAUCAUUAAGUUGACACACACAGUCAUAGCUGCUGAUAUCUUUCUUCCUGGCGAGCAACGCAAUGAAGACUGAGUCAGUUUUGAAGCGCGAGUGUUCUUCCAUUUUGCACCAAGCGUUAAAAGCGACGAACUAUAUCGAUCCUGUCCGCAUCGGGCAGACUGAAAAUACGUCUGUACUCAACAAAAGAAUCUAGUGAAGGAUAAAAUCAGGAAUCUCCAUCGAGUGGAAAUUGUUUAUAGAAACAAUUGUUGAUCGAUCGAGAGAGAGAAAAAAGAAUAAUUAGAGUGAUUGCCGGUGAUUGUAUACUGUAAUGUAUACUAAAAAAUGUAGUUUUACAAGAAAGAGAGAAAGUAUGAAGAGAGGAAAAGAUAGGAAAAGAAAUCGAGUCGUUUGAUGGGCCAUGCUGUUGCCGUAGUUUUUUCUUUAAUUCAAAAUGAGACAUUACAAACUCUAUUCACUUAGAUUUGAUUACAGAGAGAGCAUCAAUGUCCUGAUUACGUUUAUGAGUGCUUCUGACCCAACUUACAGAAUAUUGAAAAAAGGGAGAGUAACAGUAGCAGGUAGCCAUUUAAAGUCUUUUAUUUGUUAGAAAUCUAAGAUGGAAAAAUUUUAUUUUAACUGUUAUUUUAAUUAUUUAAAAUAAUACUGUAAGAAGAUUCGAAAAUUUUUAGAACUUAUAUAAUUUUAUAAUUCGUGGAUACAAAGUUUGAAACAAAAAUCUAUAAUAAAUAUCAAUUGAAAAUUUAGAUAAGAAUCUUGAAAUUAAAAUAUUUUAUAGUGCUUUAAUUAUUUUGCUUUAAUUAUUUGAGAAACUAUGAAAAAACAAAUAUGCAAGCUUAAUCUCAUUAAAGCCCAAACAGGUUUUUUUUAACAUUUUCAGAAUGUAAUUCAAGACUAAGAAGUUCAAGUUCAUAAGAAUAUAUUAUCACUGGUAGAAUACUACUCGCUUUACAUUGUCGAGGAGUAGAAAUAAUAACUUUCUGUGCAUUCUCGGUUAAAUUUUCAUCAUCUAUAUUAAAGUGUCAUAUAAAUUGCUUUAUAAACAUAUGCUAAAAGAUAUUUUUAAAGUCUUUUAUAUUCUUGUAGUAUGCAGUGAAUAGUACAAUUAGUAUAUUAACAAAGUUUAUUAUAAAAUCUAGCAGUCAUAAAAUAUUAAAAUUAUAAUUAUUCAAUUGCUGUUAUUAAAUGUGUUACAUCCAACAAAAUUAUUGGCUGUUGAAAAAUUUACAUGCAAAUUAAGCAUUUCAUUGAUAUUGCAUUUGAGUAUUGUGUUAAGUAUAAUAUUUCCUGCUGCUGGUACACACCUUUUGUAGAACGCUGUGUAUGCGGCAUUUAAGACGGUGACAUUGAAAUUUUACAGGAAAUUAAAGAGGUCACAUCAAAACUAAAUUAAAUGUGCUGUUGAAAGAAAAGAAGAGGAUGAUAAAUUAAAUAUUCGAAAAUAAUCGUGAAUCAAAUUAUUGUCAAUAAUGAUAAACUGAAAGCUGGGCCAAUGCAUAUCAUUCUUUCCCUCCAAGCUAUGAAGUUAUGUCAUGUUCAACUAUUUGUUUUUUUGGAGCAAAAAAAUGAUAAUAAAUUCAAUUUCGAAUCAAAUUUUGUAAUUAUAAUCCAGGCAUUUUUUUAUUCGAUGAAUGUAUAUACAUGUAAUCUUUUGUGUAUAUGUUAAUAACAUUUUUAAUAUACAUUGUUUAAUGUGUAUAUGUGUGCGUAUGUGUGUGCGUUUGUGCGCAUGUAGACAUAUGUCCAUAUACAUACAUACAAAAUUAAUGUUAUAUUCAAAUAUUAUAUUAUCUCACAUUUUUUUAUCGUAAAUUCGCUAAUGUAUUUUCAUCCCGUUAUACUACUAAUAACUGCCAAUUUGAAUUAUCAGACAUACGUAACUGCCAAUCUAUGUGAAAUAUAUCGAAAUAAAGAAAUAAAGGGAAAUUUGGAAAGGAGAAGAAAUUACUUUGUAAAAUUCUAAUUUUACAGUAAUUUCUGUAAUGAUUAAGAAAACAUUAACUAUUUAAUAUUUUUUUUCUAAAUUUUAUAACUUAUUUGCACACGCACACACACACACACGCGCGCGCGCGCGCGCGCGCGAAUCUAUGUAAAAAAAAAAAGAGAUGUUUUAAUGGAUUUUACGAAUUUAACAAUUACCAAUUUUUUGCUUCAACGAAACGAAUUGCACGGUAAUGUUUUAACAAAUUAGAAUAAUUUAGAUAUAGCCCAAUGUGAAGGGCAAUAGAUAAGCAGCAGUAUACCCCUACGCGUAUAUGCAUAUAUUUACUAAUGCGUAAUUUGUAAACAAUCACGGCUGCUUGAUCGAACAUAAUGAAUGUACAAAGUGCAUGGUACUACCAUAAUUAAUUCAUAUUGUUAUUUUUUUCGGGUUUUUACUUCUGUUAAUAUUAUUAUAUUAUAUAAUAUAAUUAUAUUAUUGUAAGUAUCGACGGUGAUGUCGUCACUUAGAUGCAGAAGACGUUAAAUUUUUACUUUGCACAUCUUUUUACUAAAAAAUUAUGCGGCUGGAUUCUAAUCAGAACAUCUCAAUUUUAAGUGAAAAUGGUGAAAAUUUUCGAACUUUUGCAUUGAAUUGACGAUAUUAUAAUCGAUAUAUUUAAUGUAUAUUGAUAUUCAUGAAGUAUAUUGAUUAUCAAUAUCAGCUUGUAACAAACUCAGCUGCGUCUGUUUUAUUUUUUUCUUCCUUCAAAUACAGAGUAGUUCAACAAUCAAAAUCACAUCAAUGAUAACUGAUAAAAAGAUAAUUUCUUGUCGACAUGUACAAUUCAGAAGA